AUGUCGACUACUAUCACUUCCACUUCGCCCAUCGAGGCCAGCCACACUUCUGGCCCCAUCGCCCUUGCUGGUGCGCCGCGUCCUGCGGGAUCGACCGCUAAGAGCAAGCCUCGCAAGCGCGUCAACACUGCUGAGAAGCGCCACCAGCACAACGCCAUCGAGCGUCAGCGCCGUGAGACCCUCAACUCCAAGUUCCUCGUUCUUGCGCGCCUUCUUCCUUCGCUCGCCGCCUGCCGCCGUCCGUCCAAGUCUGCCAUCGUCAAUGGCUCGAUCACCCACCUCACCCACCAGCGCAACCAGCGUCUCCUCGCCGCCAAGCUGCUGCGCCAGCUGACCGCCGAGCGCGACGAGCUGUUCGCCGAGGUCAACGAGUGGCGCAAGGCCAACGGCUUCCCUCCCAAGGCUGGCGCCGCUGCUUCGUGGACCUCUGAGAUGGAGGAGAUCUGCCAGGUCGAGAAGGAGACUUUUGGCUCGUUCGCCAACGUUGACGAGUCGAACGAGGAGCAGAAUGAGGACGAGGAGGAGCAGCCCGCGGCUCGCCCGUCGUCCGCUGGCUCUGGCUCCAUGAACGUUGAGACUGCUGCUGUUGUUGCGGGCAACAUCAACACUGGUCUCUUCACUCCUCGCAACUCGACCGACAUCAACGCCACCUCUGCUCCUCUCACUGUCAACACGAACAUGAACAACGUCAACUGGAACAAUGGUUACCAGGUUUCGCCCGCUGUUCCUUUCAGCGCCUUCAUGUCUGACUCGGCUACUUCUGUUGACUCUUCGGAGUCUCCUCUUGGUUCCUCGCAUCCGAACGCCAUGCCCACGCCUCCUUCCAUGGAGCAGGCCAUGUAUGUUCACCAGACCCCGUCUCCCCGUUCGACCGCUUCCGCCGAUGACGCGCAGCCUCCUGUCCAGCGUCCUGCCGCCGCUUCUCGCACUGCCUCGAUGCCCGCUCAGUGGGGUCAGCAGCACCUCGCUGCUUUCCAGCAGUCGAUCCAGCAGCAGCAGCAGCAGGCCCAGGCUCAGGCUCAGCAGCCGCAGCAGCACUACGCUGUCGGUGCCGCCCUCCCUGGCCAGCAGCAGCACUUUGCGCAGUACCCCGGCCAGCCGCCGAUGCACCCGACGCCGGCGAACGCGCAGGGCUUCAACCAGCUCAUGGCGUCCAUGUUCUCGGGCCACCCCGGCGACGCCGUCCAGAGCAUGAAGCCUGCCGUCGACCAGAACGCCAUGUUCAACUUCAACCUCGCCGGUUGGGGCGCUGAGCAGAGCGUCGGUGUCUAA